AUGGAAGGGGCUCUGAUAGCCCGGGACAGAGUUGGGGUGCAGGACUUUGUGCUCCUGGACUCCCACACCAGUGAGACUGCUUUCCUGAACAACCUUCGCAAGCGAUACCAAGAGAACCUCAUCUAUACAUAUAUUGGUACUCUUCUUGUAUCUGUCAACCCUUACAAAGAGCUGGAUAUCUACACCAUGACACAGAUGCAGCUUUAUCGAGGGGUAAACUUCUUUGAACUGCCACCACAUCUAUAUGCCAUAGCUGACAAUGCCUACCGGGUGAUGUGCAGUGAGUACAACAACCAUUUCAUCCUCAUCUCUGGGGAGAGCGGAGCUGGGAAGACAGAAGCAUCCAAGAAGAUCUUGCAAUAUUUUGCAGUAACCUGUCCAACUACAGAGCAGCUGCAGAUCGUCCGUGAUCGUCUGCUGCUUUCCAAUCCUGUUCUGGAGGCUUUUGGAAAUGCAAAAACUCUGCGUAAUGACAACUCGAGUAGAUUUGGGAAAUACAUGGAUAUCCAAUUUGAUUUUAAGGGAGCUCCAGUGGGAGGGCACAUCCUCAGUUACCUAAUUGAGAAAUCACGAGUUGUCCAUCAAAACCACGGAGAAAGGAAUUUCCAUAUUUUCUACCAGUUAUUAGAGGGUGGAGAUAAGGAUCUUCUUUGCUGGCUUGGGCUGGAGCGCAACCCCCAAAAGUACGCAUAUCUCAUCCAGGGUCGAUGUGCCAAAGUAUUUUCUAUUAAUGACAAGAAUGACUGGAAAAUAGUCCGCAAAGCUUUUUCUAUCAUUGACUUUACUGAAAAAGAUAUAGAGCACCUCUUUGGAAUUGUUGCUAGUGUGCUGCACCUUGGGAACAUUCAGUUUGAAGAAGAUAGCAAUGGACAUGCCAUCAUUCGCGAUGGCACGCAGAUCAAAUGGAUUUCAAAGCUACUGGGUGUGCACUUGUCCAUUCUGCAGGAAGCUCUCACCCAUCGGAAGAUCGAAGCCAGAUCUGAAGAGGUCCUAAGCCCAUUGAAUGUGGAUCUGGCGUUCUACGCUCGGGAUGCAGUAGCAAAGGCGAUUUACGGGCGAACUUUCACUUGGCUAGUCAGCAAAAUUAAUGGCUCUCUAGCCAACAAGGAUUCAACUCGGAAAACAGUUAUUGGCCUGCUGGAUAUCUAUGGGUUUGAAGUGCUGGACACAAACAGCUUUGAGCAGUUCUGCAUUAAUUACUGCAAUGAGAAGCUCCAACAGCUGUUGAUUGAGAUGACCUUGAAAGCAGAGCAGGAGGAAUAUGAACUUGAAGGAAUAGAGUGGGAACCAAUUCCAUAUUUUAACAACAAGAUCAUCUGUGACUUGGUUGAGCAGAAGCAUAAAGGAAUAAUCUCCAUUCUGGAUGAAGAAUGUUUACGACCUGGUGAAGCGACUGAUUUGAGCUUCUUGGAAAAGCUGGAAGAGAAAGUAGGAGAUCAUGCCCACUUUGUGACUCGCAAGCUUGCAGACCAGAAAACACGGAAAUCCAUUGACUGGGUGGAUUUCCGCCUCCUUCACUACGCAGGAGAAGUCACUUACUGUGCUGUUG